AUGAGCUCCCUUAAGUCGGUAGCAAGAGAGCUGCGCGAGUUCGCUGCUGGGCUCGCCGAUUCGCGCGGGGUGCAGUCUGAAGAGCUCACCUCACGGCAGGACGCCCUUCUGCUUUUAGCUUUGAGUGCCUUGAAGGAAUUGGAGACAUCCGGUUCACCUGCGGAUUUGGCACAAGCCGCCAAGAGUGCUAGGCGACUGCUGCGGGUGUUUCUUCCCCACCCCGUAGUUGAGAAAGGCCAGAGUUUGGAAUAUGAACAACAGGAUUCGGAAAGGCCUAGUCGGAAACGGGAACGAGAGAGCAAGGACGACACGGGAAAGGCUGAAAAGGAGGAGUCUGAUAACGUCAGCGUGGAUCUCGGCCAGUACGCAAAGGCGCAUGUCUUCGAUGACAAUGCGAAGAAACGCGACAAAUUUGCGCGACUCAUGGGUGGACGGAGGAAUGAAGGGUCCCAUCACAACACAUUUGCACCUGACAAAACCACUAUAAAGCGGAUCAACGGCGAACUGGAGGAGCAGUUUAACAACGCUCUUGUAAGAUCUGGUAGGAAGGGUCUUGGCGCGUGA